AUGGCUUCCUCGGCUCUCCGCACCUCUGUCCCUUCGCCAACUCGCUUUGUACGCUCGACUAUGUCUCAAUCUCUGCGACAACCGGCCCAAUGUCGCCAGGUCUCCUUCUCUUCGUAUCUGGUUACGCCCAAGGAGCUCAAUGAAGCUCUUCGGAAGAACCCGGCCACAAGAAUCUCGACGUCGCCGCGCGUUGUCCCUCUCUGCGCCGCCUGGUUCAUGCCCAACGACCCCGAGGGUCGCAAGGGAAUUGACGCUUUCCAGAAGAGUCGCAUACCCCAGGCGCGCUACUUCGACCUGGACGGGGUCAAGGAUACCGAGUCGCCGUAUCCGCACAUGCUCCCCACUUGCGAGACCUUUGCGGAAGCGAUGAGCAACUUGGGUAUACGUCGCGACGACAAUAUCGUGGUUUAUGAUACUGAGGAAUUGGGGCUUUUCAGUGCUCCUCGUGUGGGCUGGACCCUGCGAGUGUUUGGUCACCCUAACGUGCAUGUGCUUAACAACUACCGCCUGUGGGUUCGUGAGGGAUACCCGACGGAGACUGGAGAGCCUGCGCCAGUGGAGGAGACCAAGUACCCCGUUCCCAACUAUGACGCGAAACUCGUGAUGCCAUACUCGGAGUUGAAAGAGAUCGCCAAGGAGCAUCGGAAAGAGGGUUCCAAAGAGGCGGAGAUCUUGGAUGCACGGCCCUACGGUCGCUGGGCGGGGACUGACCCCGAGCCCCGGCCUGAACUGUCAUCUGGACAUAUCCCCGGAUCGAAGAGCUUGCCUUUCCCUGAAUUGCUUGAUCCCGAGACCAAGACCAUGCGACCCGCGGAAGAACUUCGCAAGGUGUUUGAAGAGCGCGAUAUUGAUGCGUCCAAAUCAAUUAUCAGCUCUUGUGGCUCCGGUGUGACUGCUGCCAUCAUUGAGACAGCUUUGCAUGUGUCGGAGUAUGGGAACCCGAACCUUCGGAGGGUGUACGAUGGCAGCUGGACUGAGUGGGCACAGCGCGUGAAGCCGGCGGACGGUCUCAUCCGCAAGGCGACUUGA